GCAGCGGAGAAUCACAGCAGCACAAACCCACUGCGCUCAUGGCAUCAAGGAGAAUGGAGACCAAACCAGUCAUAACCUGCCUCAAAACGCUCCUCAUCGUCUAUUCCUUCGUGUUCUGGAUCACGGGGGCAAUCCUGCUGGCGGUGGGAUUAUGGGGGAAGUUCAUCUUGGGUCCGUACAUCUCUCUGAUUGCUGAAAACUCCACCAAUGCUCCCUAUGUGCUCAUCGGGACCGGGACGACCAUCAUCGUGUUCGGACUGUUCGGCUGCUUCGCAACAUGCCGCGGGAGUCCAUGGAUGCUCAAACUGUACGCCAUGUUCCUGUCUCUGGUUUUCCUGGCAGAGCUGGUCGCUGGCAUCUCGGGCUUUGUUUUCCGUCAUGAGAUCAAAGGCACCUUUCUGAGGACAUACAAUGAGGCCGUUCAGAACUACAAUGCCCAGGACGAGAGAAGCAUUGCAGUGGACAACGUCCAGAGGAGUUUGCGUUGUUGUGGUGUCCUGAACUACACCAGCUGGUUCUCCAGUGUUUAUUUCCCUGUGAAUGGAAUCCCUCCGAGUUGCUGCGCAAACAUCUCAGACUGCAACUCCUCAGACCUGCGAAACGCCACCAUAGCACCUACCAAAGUCUAUCAGCAGGGCUGCUAUGAGCUGGUGACAACCUUUAUUGAGACUAACAUGGGCAUUAUUGCUGGAGUAACGUUUGGAAUUGCAUUCUCACAGCUGAUCGGGAUGCUGCUGGCCUGCUGUCUGUCGCGAUUCAUCACUGCCAAUCAGUACGAGAUGGUGUAGCGGGGGGAGGAAAGGCACUAAAGACGUACGUCACCUGGAAAGGGAAAGCAACCCAAAAAUGCUCGCACACUCCAUUCUUUCACAUCUCUUUUUUACUCUCUCUCUCUCCUUUUAUCUUAAAUUUUCUUUCUUGCCUUUUUUCUGCUUUCUGUCAUUCCUUAAUCAUGCAGUUGUGCCAUGACCAAAGCCUCUCCUUUCGAAACGUCAGCGUUAGCGAGGACAAGGAAACGGUUUUAAGACGCACUCCUGCGUUCUUGCAUUUUACUCUGUAUAAAACCUUGCAUGCGGAAACCAUCUCACAAACACUAUAACUAACGCAUUUUUGUAACACCACGUCCUAACCACUCGCAGGAAAUCGAUAUCGCAAUCCAUCUCUCGCUGUACUGUAUAUCAAAUAUGUUAUCGGUGGUUUUGUUGCCUUUGCAUAGCAUUUUCUAUUUCAGACGCAGAAAUCACUCAGUACUUUAUUAGGACUUAAGUGUGACGUGUGAAUUGUUAGCUGUUUAUAUAUUAUAUUCCUUUUUUUAUGGAGAAAAGUCGGUUUUUCUUAACUAUCCGCCAUUUUGUGAGCUUUGUUACUAUUGGUCAGGUUGCAAUUAGUAGCUCCGCCCACAGUGAAAUCUCAUUGGUCCAGAUAGCUGUAUGUUUUUAUUAAUUAAAUGCUCUAAUUGGCUAUUUUGUGCUAAGUUUUGCAGUACUUUUACUUAUUUACAUUCAAAACUUCGCACAUCCGGUUAGGACACGGUGUUACUUAACCCCUAAACAAGUGACUUUGUUAGUUACUUAAUUUUUGGAGAGGAAAAACUAUUAAAAACACACAAAUGGCAAGAUGUUUUCGUUGUUGUUGUUGCUGCUGUUGUAAAAUCUAUGGUAAAGGGGUUCAUCUCAGAAAUGGCUUUAUAAUAGAAUUUGAUUUUAUUUUUUUAGCUUCGGGUUGAAAGUCACUUGACGUGUUCCUGUGCCGAGUCAAAAAACAUCAAUGUGUUUCACCGUGAAAGCCAAAAAAACAAGCAAUUUUCUGCCACAUACUGUAUAGGCUUGUACAGAACUCGAGUAGAUGCUGACUGGAGUGUAAAUGUGAAAACUAAUUAGGCAUUUAUGUUGUUGUUGUUGUUGUAAGACAAGCAGAUAUUUCAGAGUACUAACUUAACACUGUUUAUCAGGCAACUGAAUGGCUAAUUCAACAGUUAAUGGGUGGUAGUUACAGUUUUACACCAUAUCUACCUUGUGACACAGUUAUUUCGUGGCGUUUUAAUGUAAGAAUGUAAUCAAACUGAACAUCUCUUUCAGCAUUGAGGAUGAUCAUGCUUUACAGCUCCAAGAAUGUCCAGAUAAUUUCAAGAAGAAUGAAUAUUUGCAUGAGGAAACCAUGAAAGAUGAUGAGCAUUUUGGUAUGAUGAAGGAUGUUUCCAAGGAUGCUAUGUUGUUUUUAAGAAAAUAUGAGAUGUUAGACCUAAAAUAAAUCCUUGCUAGUUUGUCUAAUUAAAGACGUUUUGAUUCAAAAUCCUAUAUAAAGUGAAAUAAAUAAUUUUUCUUGAGGUUUUGAGUCAAAUAAUUUCUUGAAACAUCUUUACCUCAGUUAUUUUUGCAUAAUAAAGUGUUUUGUUGAGUCAUAGUUAUUAAAGACUGAGCCAAACUUUAGACACCUCAGUUGUUUAUUUAUUAUUUAUUAACAUAUGUGGUCAAAAUUGCUGCAGUCUUUGGCUUUUGUUUAGUUUUGAAUCUAUUGUGAAGUACUGUUAUUUACGUGUCACUGUUCUCCUUUUUAAAUCUCAUUUCAUGCUGUUUUAUAUGCUUUUCUCAUUGGCCAUUUUGUUAUCAUUUAGCCUUAGCUAGCUAAUAUGUUAAACGAUCAUUUCUGAAGCUGCCCCUUGUGUUGAUUGAUCAUCAUUUAAGUAUUAGAAUCCAGAAUUCAUAGUGAUGAACUACACAUCUCCAGAGGAAUAAUGUAGGCUACUUUAUAUAAUAAAAAAUAAACACUUUUUAAAAUGCAUCACCAGCUAGCAUGCCAACAAAAUGUACGUUGAUAUUGUAAACAUCCGUGAUCUCUAUGAAUAAAAAUGGUUCUUCGUGGUUA